GGCAAAGUCAAAAAGCAUUUCCCUGCUGAAACCACUGGCAGGUACUUGGAGAUUGGCGCAGCCCUACAGGCACAGGUCUACAAGUGGCUGCCUGCCCAGGAGGCGGGAACUUUGCCACGGAAAUCUCUUCUGGACUCAGGGCCAGGCCGAGGGGGCCAGAGCCAGCGAAGCGCUUCCACACGGUCCCCCAUCCUGGAGGAGUGGGGUCUGACACUCUCUGGGGGUCACUGCUGAAGGACGUGGCGGUUCGCGGCUCUCAUGGCUGCAGCCAGCGUGACCCCUCCCGGUUCCCUAGAUCUGUUGCAGCCUGGCUUCUCGAAGACCCUCCUGGGGACCAAGCCGGAGGACAAGUAUCUGUGCUCGGCCUGCAAGAACGUCCUGCGCAGGCCUUUCCAGGCUCAGUGCGGCCACCGCUACUGCUCCUACUGUCUGACCAGCAUCCUGAGCUCCGGGCCUCAGAACUGUGCUGCCUGCGUUCACGAGGGCAUAUAUGAAGAAGGCGUCUCGAUUUUGGAAAGUGGUUCGGCUUUCCCAGACAACGCGGCACGCAGGGAGGUGGAGAGCCUGCCGGCCAUCUGUCCUAGCGACGGCUGCACCUGGAAGGGGACCCUUAAAGAGUAUGAGAGCUGCCAUGAAGGACACUGCCCGUUCACGCUGACCGAGUGCCCGGCAUGCAAAGGUCUGGUUCGCCUCGGGGAGAAGGCGCGUCACUCGGAGCAGGAGUGCCCGGAGAGAAGCCUCAGCUGCAGGCACUGCCGGGCGCCCUGCUGCUGGGCGGACCUGAAGGCGCACCAUGAAGUCUGCCCCAAGUUCCCCUUGACUUGCGAUGGCUGUGGCAAGAAGAAGAUCUCACGGGAGAAAUUCCAGGACCACGUCAGGGCGUGCGGCAAGUGCCGAGUCCCGUGCAGGUUCCAUAUCGUCGGCUGCCCCGAGAUGGUGGAGAGCGAGAAACAGCAGCAGCACGAGGCCCAGUGGCUCCGGGAGCACUUGGGCCUACUGCUGGGCCGCCUCCUGGAGACCAAGCAGCUCGCAGGAGCAGGCGGCCGCUUCCUGGGCCAGAGCGAAGUGGGGGGCUGGGAAGCCAGCACGCUGCACCCUGAGGCGGAGCUCUCCAAGGCUGCAGAGCUCCAGCAACGGUGUGAGGCCCUGGAGAGGAAGACGGCCACCUUUGAGAACAUCGUCUGUGUCCUGAACCGGGAGGUAGAGAGGGUGGCCAUGACCGCCGAGGCCUGCGGCCGGCAGCACCGGCUGGACCAGGACAGGAUCGAGGCCCUGAGUAACAAGGUGCAGCAGCUGGAGAGGAGCAUCGGUCUGAAGGACCUGGCGAUGGCUGAGCUGGAGCAGAAGGUACACGAGAUGGAGGCGACCACCUUCGACGGCGUGUUCAUCUGGAAGAUCUCCGACUUCGCCAGGAAGCGUCAGGAAGCGGUGGCUGGCCGCACGCCCGCCAUCUUCUCCCCAGCCUUCUACACGAGCAGGUACGGUUACAAGAUGUGUCUGCGCAUCUACCUGAACGGAGACGGCACCGGCCGGGGGACACACCUGUCUCUCUUCUUUGUGGUGAUGAGGGGCCCCAACGACGCACUGCUGCGGUGGCCCUUCAACCAGAAGGUGACCUUAAUGCUGCUCGACCAGAACAACCGGGAGCACGUGAUUGACGCCUUCAGACCCGACGUGACCUCGUCCUCUUUCCAGAGGCCAGUCAGUGACAUGAACAUCGCCAGCGGCUGCCCCCUCUUUUGCCCCGUCUCCAAAAUGGAGGCCAAGAAUUCCUACGUGCGUGACGACGCCAUCUUCAUCAAGGCCAUAGUGGACCUGACGGGGCUCUAGCCGCCUCCCACCACGGUCAGGGGUCGUGGGUCAAGAACAGCUGGGCCUGAUGGUGUGGUGAAGAGCCACCAUGCUGGGCCUGAGCCUUGCUGUGGGUGGGCACCUGCUGUGUUCAUGUCCCACUGGGAAGGGGCUGCCUCCCGGGAGAGGCCGCUCAGCCCAGGCCAAGUGGGGUGGGCUGCAGGCUUGUCCGUACCUGCCGGUGGGCCGUCCGUGCGGGCGCUCGGGGCAAGGUGAGCAGAGGGGCAAGGUGAGCUGGCACCUUGUCCCGCCCUGUGGCCUGAAGAGAAGGGACGUUCUCAGGCCUGGCCACUACUCUGAGGAGAGGUCCUGCUGUGCAGGCCUGGCCGGGCCAGCGGGCAGGGAGGGCACUCUGUGUCCUCAGGGCAUCCUGUCCGCUGCCCCUGUGGUGAGUGUGGGGUGCACACUGGGCCCUGCUGCAAGACGGGAUGGGUAAGCUGCCCCGUUGGGCUGUGGAGAAGUCGUUAUUAAACUGUUAAAUCUC